ACCUAUCGUGUGAGAGAGAGAAAGAGGACUAAGAUUAGGACCACGAAGUAAAAGGGGCUAUUUGACACGUACCGUGUGAUUAGCUGACUUUAUUCUAACUUGACCUCGGAGCAAUUGGCACUCGCACUAGAGAUGCUGAGAAGUCUGAGAUGCUGCAUCUAUCGCAACUUACUUUGGUAGCUCGCGAGCUACGGAAUCUGGAAGAGGUGGAGGACGAAUUCCAAAGUAAUUUCCAAAAAUGUUCCCUCCAAAAACUACGAGAAGAUGGAAAACGACAGACAGACGGAACUUUUCAAUUGAUUCGUCUUUCAACCCAACUCUUCCAUUUCUCGUUUAAUUUCAUCUCUUCUCUUCUCUGGUUUCUUCUUCUUCUUCUUCUUCUUCUUCUUCCCCAUUUCUCAGCUAGUCUUCAAGUGUCAAGUGAGCAUCAGCAUGGAUUCAAAGAAUUAUCAGCACCGUCCACGUGUCGGAUUCUUGUACGAUGAGAGGAUGUGCAGGCACUCCACCCCCGACGGCGAAGAUCACCCCGAGAAUCCCAAUCGAAUCAAGGCCAUAUGGCAGAAACUCGAAUCCGCCGGAAUCCCUGAGAGAUGUGUUGUUUUGAAUGCUAAAGAAGCAGAGGAUAGGCAUAUAGCAUCAGUUCAUACACAGAGUCAUAUCAAAUUGAUAAGGAAUAUUAGCUCGAGAGAAUUUGAUUCGCGAAGGAAAAAAGUUGCUUCAAAAUUUAAUUCCAUAUAUCUCAAUGAGGGCUCAUCAGAAUCUGCUUAUCUUGCUGCUGGCUCAGUUAUGGAGGUUUCUGAGAAGGUUGCAAAAGGGGAGCUGGAUUCUGCUGUUGCCAUUGUUAGACCUCCUGGGCAUCAUGCAGAACCAGAUGAAGCAAUGGGGUUUUGUCUAUACAACAAUAUUGCCAUCACAGCAAGCUUUCUCUUGAAUGAAAGACCAGAAUUGGGUAUUCACAAAAUUCUGAUUGUUGAUUGGGAUGUUCAUCAUGGAAAUGGUACCCAAAAAAUGUUCUGGAAGGACCCUCAGGUGUUGUUCUUCUCUGUUCAUAGGUUUGACUCUGGAAGCUUUUAUCCAGGGGGGGAUGAUGGUUUUUACACUAUGGUUGGAGAAGGAUUAGGUGCAGGAUAUAAUAUAAAUGUUCCUUGGGAGCAUGGGCGAUGUGGUGAUGCAGACUACCUAGCAGUUUGGGACUAUAUUUUGAUUCCUGUUGCCAGGGAUUUUAAUCCAGACAUUAUCCUAAUCUCUGGUGGAUUUGAUGCAGCCACAGGUGAUCCUCUAGGAGGUUGUCGAAUCACACCAUAUGGAUAUUCUGUUAUGAUGAAAAAGCUAAUGAAGUUUGCUCAGGGAAAGAUAGUGAUGGCUUUAGAAGGAGGCUAUAAUCUUGAUUCUCUGGCAAAUUCGGUGCUGGCAUGUGUCAAAGUUCUAUUAGAUGAUGAGCCUGUAGUUGGAACUUCAGAGGCCUACCCAUUUGAGUCGACAUGGCGUGUGAUACAAAAGGUUCGCCAAGAAUUAAGCCCAUUCUGGCCAAUAUUGGCUGAUGAAUUACCAAAGACCAUUGAGAAGGCAACUCCCAUUCAGUAUAUUUUGAGCUCAAGUUCUGAUUCCGAUGCUGAGAAUGAUGAAAAGGACACUCCAUCAGCAAACAUGGUGAAGGUUGUUGAGGAUGUUAUCCAACCCUUGUCAAUGCUUAAAGUUGAUCAGGAUAGUCAUGAUCAAAGUAUCAAUAGUUCUAUUUCCUGGAGAUCAAAGGUUUCAAAGAUAGAUAUCUGGUAUGCAAGCUAUGGAUCAAACAUGUGGAAAGAAAGGUUCCUCUGCUAUAUUGAAGGUGGACAGGUGGAGGGCAUGAAGAAAAUAUGUCCAGGUUCACAAGAUAGAAGCCUGCCAAAAGAGAUUUUAUGGAAGAUUGUGCCUCACCGCAUGUUCUUUGGGCGGUCACAUACAUAUACAUGGGGUAGUGGAGGAGUUGCUUUCCUUCAUCCUAAAAGUAAUGUCAAUGAUAGAGCCUACUUGUGCCUGUAUAAAAUAACGCUUGAGCAGUUUAACGACUUGUUGCUUCAGGAGAACAGUACUAACCAGGACAUUACACCUCUGUUUGACUUGCUUGAUUUGGACACUAUUGUGGAAAAUAAAUCCAUCUCUCCGGAGGCUCUUAAGGGUAAAUGGUACUCAAAUGUGGUUUACUUGGGAAAGGAGGGAGAUAUUCCCAUAUUCACAAUAACGUGUUCUCUUUCUGAUAUUGAGAGCUUUAAAUCUGGAAAGCUUCCAAUGCAUGCUCCAUCAAAAGCAUACAAGGAGACAUUGGUGAAAGGUCUGGUACAAGGUGGGCAACUCUCAGAAGCAGAGGUCAUGGAUUACAUUGAUGAUGCAGCUACUAAACCCUUGUGAUAGCAUUCAUGGUAUUGUCUUGUCCAUACUAUUUGUAAAUCCUAGAUAGCAAUCUCAAUACUGUUCUAAAUUGUAGUGUUAAAAAGCAUGCCCGCUUUUGGAAAAUAGAAACACGGUACUUGCACCUUGGAUGGAUAUUUUUGAUGUUAAAAGAGAGUUAUAUUCAUAGGCUUUCGAUCUA